AUGUCAACGUCGACUCUAUCCAUCGUGGCAGCGUCGCCUCUCGGAUCUCCUGUGCCGUCCUUCCUCCCACAUGCUGUCUCUGUCUCGCUUCCGACGUGGCAGGACAAUGUCGAUUACGAAGAAGGAGCCCCACGGGUUGUCGAUGUGAUGAAGACAGGCUACCCUCGCUUUUUCAUCCAUCGUUCCAUCCAGAAGCUCUCGGCAAUGUGUGAAGCAAAGUUUGGCCUGGACGAACGAGCAAUGCUCUUCCCAUGCGAUAAAUACGCUAACUCAUGCCGUGACUUCAUCAUACGAAAUGAACCCAAAGCCACUGUUCGUAUCGUUCAGUUUUACAUCUCUCCCCCUGAAGCCAGGGUCACAUCUACAAGAGCCGGCGUAUCGUCUCCCGUGGUCACUGGACAACGUACCACGUCCAAUGGAGUCAAGUCCGGUCCAUCACCCACUAGCAAUGCAGGGGCAACUGAACGACCAGUGCUAUGUGGAGACCUCCACAUCGUGCUCUUCAAACAGGAGCAAUGGGGACUAGCCAAAGCAUUUUGGCAACACACUGGAACUGGAAUAUCCAGUCGCCUUGCGGAGCACUGUCUUCAGUUGCUCGAACAACAGACCAUGUCCAAAGAUGAGUUACUCGCGUCGGCCAAAGAAGCCUCGCUCCGCGGCAGGAACAGGCAUUACUCUGCAAAGAGUCGCUCGUCUUUAUCGAGUCCUGUCCUUAGUGAUGCUGACCGCAAGAGAGAGGCGGUGCGUGAGGAGGAGACCAGCUAUCUCGAGGAGAGAUACGGGCGGAAUCUCCCCGCGUUGGCGGUAAAGGAAGCCAAAAGAACAUUGAGGGAGCGCAUCGCCGGAGUAAUUUCAGAGUGCAGGAACGGGCAGACAUGCCAACCAGGCAUGGUCGGACCUAGCACGCGUCGAGUCGCAAAUCUCUCAGCGGACGAUGUCUUCUUGUUCCCUGGUGGAAUGUGUGCGAUAUGGCACACACACCAGCUCCUCCUCAAAGCCUUGGGCGAUCGAAAGAGUAUCUGCUGGGGGUUCCCUUAUGUGGAUACCCUCAAGAUCCUCCAGAAAUGGGGCCCCGGAUGUUUCUUUUUCGGUCAUGGUGAUGAGUUCGAGGAACUUGAGGUACUCCUCAAGACUCAGCAGGAAGCUGGAUCCCCGAUUCUCGCGCUGUUCUGCGAAUGUACCUCGAAUCCUCUCCUGCGCACACCCGACCUCGCUCGCCUCCGAUUGCUGGCGGAUGAGUACAAGUUUGCGUUGGUGGUUGACGAGACUGUCGGAAACUUUGCGAAUGUAGAGGUCUUGCCAUAUGCAGACGUGGUAUGCAGUUCGCUCACCAAGGUAUUCAGUGGAGAGACAAAUGUGAUGGGCGGAGGGCUCAUACUCAAUCCGCAAGGACAGUUCUACCGAAGGCUCCGCCCGGUUCUCGAGUCGUUUUACGAGGACACAUACUGGGGCGAGGACGCGCUCUUCCUGGAGCGCAACUCUCGCAACUUUAAGUCACGCGUAUACAAGAUCAAUCAAAACGCCGAAGACGUCUGUGAUUUGCUCUACGCUCAUUCCCUCGACGGUGCGGCCUCGUCUGAAGGCAAAUCGCUUACAGUCACCAAAAUACCCGUCAUUAAGAAACUCUACUAUCCAAAAUGGAUUACUACCGAUCUUUACAAUAGUCUCAAGACACCCCAAGGCGGAUUCGGAGGACUUUUUUCAGUCACAUUUACAUCUGAGGCUGCGGCACGCGCCUUUUUCGAUGCACUGGGUUGUGAAAAGGGGCCCAGUCUUGGCACAAACUUCACCCUGGCCUGUCCAUUCGUCAUUCUGGCUCACUAUACCGAGCUGGAUUGGGCGAGAGGUUACGGUGUGGAUCCUUAUUUGGUCCGAGUUAGCGUUGGGCUGGAGAAGACGGAAGUGUUAAUUGGGUGGAUUGAGAAUGCGCUCCGUGCCGCGGAGAGCGCCAUUGUGGAGCAGGGAAAGUCGGCAAAUCUGGCUUGA